AUGUACAAGGCCGUCAUCCUGCCGACGCUACUGUAUGGAGCGGAGACUUGGACGGUGUACGCAAAGCAGGCACGUCGUCUGAACCACUUCCACCUCAGUUGUCUUCGUCGCAUCCUGAGGCUGAAGUGGCAGGAUCGAAUCCCCGACACUGAUGUGUUGGAACGGACGGGAAUCCUCAGCAUCUACGCCAUACUGAGGCAAAUGCAGCUGCGCUGGAGCGGCCAUCUGGUGCGCAUGGACGACGAGCGACUACCCAAACGACUCUUCUACGGAGAUGUCGCGACGGGUUCUCGCCGUCAAGGAGGCCAGAUUCGCCGUUACAAUGAUACCCUGAAGUCCUCCCUGAAACGCCUGCAAAUCAACCCCACCAACUGGGAGGAGCUCACACUCGAUCGACCGACCUGGAGGAGGACAGUGAAGACAGGCGCUGCGAUCUAAGAAGCCAACCGCAUCGCUGCCGCCAAAGUGAAACGUGAAGCCCGCAAAUCCCAACUUCGCCCAGUAAGCAACGCCGCCGCACAACCGCUUCCAACGUGUCCUCGAUGUCAGCGGAAAUUCCGGGCUCGAAUCGGACUUGUUGGACAUCUUCGGAUUAAUUGCGCCUCUCGAACGGCACCAACCAUUGUCCCCCCGCCCGCCUCUUCCUCCUCCUCUCCGCCGUCAACUAACUCUGACAAUUCUUCUGACCCACCACUUCCAUCCUCCUCCUUCUCCUCCUCCUCCUUCUCCUCCUCCUCCUCGCCCACUGCUCCAACGGCGGCCGCUCAGGCGACUGUCCUGCACGCAACAACCGACACUACUACCACCUCCCCCGACUCCAGCGAUGAGGAUCGGGACUACACCUGCCCUCACUGCGACCGCAUCUUCGCCUCACACAUCGGUCUGGUCGGUCAUUUGCGAAUCCAUCGCACAGAGACUGGCGAACCAGUGCCUGAGGCACCAACCUACACCCACCGCACUCGCUUCCACUGCCCACACUGCCCUCGCACCUUCAGGCAUCGCAUAGGCCUUUUCGGCCAAAUGCGCAUCCACGAGAGCGGCCUUGACCGCACUCCCGACACACCCACCACAUCCAACACAUCCACCGUGCCCACCCGCACCCUCGUUCCAUCCGUCCGCGCCACCACCACCACCGCCUCCUCUGUAGCUGACACUGACACCGCCGACUUCUCAUGCCAACACUGUCCACGCACAGUCACCUCACGCAUCGGCCUGGUCGGUCACUUGUGA